GCAGUGCGCAGAAGUGAAAGGGCUGUACAGUGGAUUGGAGAAGAGCGCAGCGUGGUGAGAGAGAGUUUCGCGACGGAACCUGAAAUCUAGGUUUUUAUUCUGCAGUGAGCUCUGACCAGCUCUGAACAGCUCUGAAGUUCUCCAGGCCUGGAAUUAAACGCGGAUAUAAGUGCGGAUUUGUCUAAACUGAGUUUCAGGCAGCUAAACCUGGACACCUCUGGAGCUGAUUAACUCCACUUAUUAAAAUUAAGUCUAUCUGUCGUCUGUUUGCGCUUUCUUCUUUUGUUUUUUCUUUCUUUUCUUCGUCUUCAUCCUCAGCAGCAGGAUGAGUCAAUGGAAACAAAUCCAGCAGCUGGACAUGAAGUUCUUGGAGCAGGUGGAUUAUUUUUAUGAUGAUAAAUUUCCCAUGGAGCUGAGACAGGUGCUGGCGAGCUGGAUCGAAAGCCAGGACUGGGAAACAGCGAUGAAUCAUGAGGCCAUGGCCAUGGUGCUCUUCAACAACUUCCUGAUCCAGCUUGAGAGUCACUGCACGCAGGAGCCGAACUUCCUGCACAGACACAACCUGAAGAGAAUAUUCCAGCAGAUACAGCUGAAAUACAAAGCAAACCCUCAGCACCUGUCAGCCGUGAUCUCUAACUGUCUGAGAGAAGAGAGACGCAUCAUAUCCGCCGCCAGCAUGCAGGAGCAGGGUCCUCUGGAGAAGUCCAUGCAAAAUUCAGCAGCUUUGGAGAAACAGAAGAACCUGGAUAACAAAGUGGCAGUGAUCCGAAGCAGUGUGCAGCUUCUGGACCAGGCAGUAAAGUAUCUGGAGGACAUGCAGGAUGAUUUUGACUUUCGCUACAAAACCCUCCAGCUUCGAGACCCAGUGGAAAGAAACUCUCAGAACAUGAAACAAGAAGUCAUGACCCUUCAGGAAAUACUCAACCGCCUGGACUUCAAAAGGAAGGAGAUUUUGUCCAAAAUGGGAGAUGUUUUGAAGGAGAUAGACAGCCUGAUUGUCUCUCAGCUGAUGCCGGAGCUGCAGGCGUGGAAACGUCGGCAGCAGAUCGCCUGCAUCGGAGGCCCAGUCCUCGCCGGACUCGACCAGCUCCAGAACUGGUUUACCAUGAUGGCCCAGAGUCUGUUCCAGAUCAAGCGGCAGCUGGACAAACUGGGCGAGCUGAUCGUGAAAGUGACGUACGAGAGUGACCCCAUCCCUCUGCAGAGACCUCAGAUGGAAGAACAAGUCAAAUAUCUAAUAUAUCACCUCAUCAAGAGCUCGUUUGUUGUGGAGAAGCAGCCGUGUAUGCCCACACACCCUCAGAAACCGCUCAUCAUUAAAACUCAGGUGCAGUUCACCACCAAAGUCAGAUUGUUGGUUAAACUACCUGAAGUGGAUUAUCAGCUUAAAGUGAAGACAAUAUUCGACAAAGACCUCCCGGCCGGCAAAGUUACCAGGCAAUUCUUCAUCCCCACCAACAACACGAAAGUGAUGGACGUAGAAGAGUCGUCGAACGGAUGCUUAUCGGUGGAGUUCAGACAUCUGCAGCUGAAAGAGAAGAAAUGUACAAAUGGAACCAAAGGAAAUGAGGGUCCGCUCACAGUGACGGAGGAGCUCCACUCGCUCAGCUUUGAGGCCAUGCUGUGUUUGCAGGGGCUGGAUAUUGACCUGGAGACCUGCUCCCUGCCAUUGGUAGUGAUCUCUAACGUCAGCCAGCUGCCUGCAGGCUGGGGCUCGGUCAUGUGGUACAACCUGCUGACAGAUGAUCCGAAGAACCUGGCGUUCUUCAGUAAUCCACCCAGAGCCAGCUGGAGCCAACUCUCAGAGGUCAUCAGCUGGCAGUUCUCCAGCUUCGCUGGUCGUGGACUUAACAAAGAGCAGCUGAGCAUGCUGGGAGAUAAACUUCUGGGUCAACAUGCCUCAUAUAAUGACUGCCAGGUGUCUUGGUCCAAAUUCUGUAAGGAAAACAUUCCAGGGAAGUCGUUCAGUUUCUGGCUGUGGCUCGACUCCAUCCUGGAGCUCAUUAAGAAACAUUUACUUCCUGUUUGGAUUGAUGGAUACAUCAUGGGGUUUGUCAGUAAGGAGAUGGAGCGUGCUCUGCUGAAGGACCGGGAGUCAGGAACGUUCCUGCUGCGCUUCAGCGAGAGUCAUCUCGGAGGAAUCACCUUCACCUGGGUGGAGCAGGAAAACGGUGAGGCAAAGUUCAUCUCUGUGGAGCCGUACACCAAAAACCGUCUCAGCGCACUCCCUAUCGCCGAUAUCAUACGGGAUUAUAAGGUUAUUGCAGACGGGAUCGUCCCCGAGAACCCGCUGAAGUUCCUUUAUCCCGACAUUCCUAAAGACGAAGCUUUCGGGAAACAUUACAACAGUCAGCCGAACAGAGUUUGUCCGUACAUCCCAACUAUUCUGAUUCCCAUCUCUCUGAACACCACUCCUCCUCCCUGCUCUUCUCCGGAGCCGCCGCUAUCCCCGGGAAUGUCGCACAUGCUCAGCCAGCACAUCAGCCCGUUUGAGAUCGAAAGUGUUAUGAGUUCAUUAUAGACGCCCCUGCAUUCUCUCUGCUCUGGCACAAAGACAUGAGAUGUGUGAGAAAGACUGCGUGUGUGUGCGUGUGUGUGUGUGUGUGCGCGCGUGUGUGUGUAAAAUCAUUUAAGAAAAUCCAUCUUUGUUCAGUCCUCCAAUGCUACAUGUAGUUCUUCUGUACAUUUUACAUGAUACAAAUGAAAUGCUACGAUGCACGGGAUUAACUUUUAAAAUGAUCUUUAUAUAUAAUGUCAAAAAUGUUCUGAAAUUAAAAAUGUAAAAGGUUAUAUCCCAAGGCCCACAGGGUAAUUUGGUGGUAAGUAACACAUUUAAUCUGUGGCUCCUUGCAUCUUAAAGGUUUUAAGACACAUGUUGUAGAAUAGGAAUAAACUUUAAGUCUAAAAACAAGUCCAUGCUCACAAUCCAAAGAGGUUUUUCAUCACUGAUAUCACUAUGAUGUCCUUGUGUGUGUUUUUCCUUUUAUUUUUAUUCAGUUUAUUUAGCAAGAAAAUGUAAUAUGUUGUCUGCUCUAUGAAUGUACAAUUUGUUGAUUCAUUUGCAUUUUCAAUAAAAUAAUAAAACAACCGUU